GCAUCUUGGUUCCGCUUGGCGGCCCCGGGCGGCCCCGACUUUGCGUGAGUCUGUGCCCCGCCGACUCCGUUCCUGCCGGCCCCGCGGCCUUGCCCACGGCUUUUGCGCCGAAAGAGCCCUCCCUGUAUAAAGAGUCAGAGAUUGGGAGGCCGAAGCCGGAUUCCGAGCCCCCGCCCCUUGCCGGGCUGGGUUUCGCCGCCGGGGCCCGCGGACCUCCCUACGUCCUCCAGCGGCCUUGCGCCCCGUUUACGGACGCGGAACCCGGGGCGCCGGGAUGGACAGGGAGACGCGCGCACUCGCGGAGAAGCACUUCCGGGGCCUUGGGGCGCGUCUCCCGGACGGGGUCUGCGGGCCCCCGGGGCGCGUGGACUUCAUCGAGAAGCCGGAUGCCUUUUCCUACGCCGACUUCUUCAAGGGCUACCUGCUCCCCAACGUGCCCUGCGUUUUCUCCAGCGCCUUCACUGAGGGCUGGGGCAGCAGGAAGCACUGGGUGACGCCCGACGGGAAGCCCGAUUUGGAUUAUCUGCUUCGGAAGAGACAUGGUUGUACCUGUUGCCAACUGCGGAGUGCAGGAAUACAACGCCAACCCCAAGGAGCACAUGCCCCUCAGAGAGUACAUCAGCUACUGGAAAGAGUACAUCCAGGGAAACUAUUCCUCUCCCAAGGGCUGCCUUUACCUCAAAGAUUGGCACCUGUGCAGCCCAUGUGUGGUUCUCUCCACAGGGACACCUCGGUGGAGGAUGUGUACUCCCUGCCAGUGUACUUCUCAUCAGACUGGCUGAACGAAUACUGGGACGCCAUCAAUGUGGAUGACUACCGCUUCAUCUACAUGGGGCCCACGGGCACCUGGUCUCCGUUCCACGCUGACAUCUUCCGCUCCUUCAGCUGGUCUGUCAACAUCUGCGGCAGGAAAAAGUGGUUAUUGUUUCCGCCAGGGCAGGAAGAAGCCCUGCGGGAUUGCCACGGUAGCCUGCCCUACGAUGUGACCUCGCCCACACUCCUUGACGUCCGUCUGCACCCAGCAUGUGCACGCUGCAGCCCACCUCUGGAGGUCACGCAGGAAGCAGGCGAGAUGUUGUUUGUGCCCAGCGGCUGGCACCACCAGGUCCACAACCUGGAGGACACCAUCUCCAUCAACCACAACUGGGUCAACGGCUGUAACCUGGCCCCCAUGUGGCACUUCCUGCAGCAAGAGCUCCACGCUGUGCAGCGGGAGAUCAGUGAAUGGAGGGAUGCCAUGCCUGACUGGCACCACCACUGCCAGGUGUGGCCAGGCCCAGAGGUGAUCAUGAAGUCCUGUACAGGAAUCAAUUACAAAGAGUUUUACCACUUCCUCAAGGUCAUCGCUGAAAGGAGGAUCCUCACCCUGGCAAAGGAGAUGGGCGCUGGGACAGUGGGGAGCGUCGGCGACAGCAGGCUGGGCACCCAGCAGGCUGCUUUUGACGUCAGUCGGAUCACCGAGGUGCUGGCAUCCUUGGUCGCCAACCGAGACUUCCAGAGAGUGGACACCAGCACCUUCUCGCUGCAGCCAGAGGAGCUCCUGCAGCAGCUGGAGGAGGUCGUCACUGCCACUGCAGCCCUGUAACACUCAUCAGGGAGCACUCACCAUGCAGACACAUGCUGAUGUGUAGGGACUCAGCUCCGCUGUCCACCUCAAGGCACUGGCGUGAAGGAUGGUCACCUGGUUCCAGGUGUCCCCUCUGUAAAUAAAGCACUGCCUUCAACUGUGUAA